AUGUUUAAGGAAGUAUGAGUAAGAAGACUACAAUUGGAGAAGAUUUGACUGAAGUAAAAAUGCAAAAAAAAAAAAACGAGUUCCAACAAAAAAUGCUACAAUACAUAGAUUCUAUUGUAUCUUUGUGUUUAUUAUAUAACAAUUUACAAAAAUUAAAAUUUAUAUUUAUACAUGUAAAGUGGUUCUACAAAAGAGAAAUAGGAAUUAAUAAAUGUGAGUUUUGUCCAGCAGAAUUUGCAGUUAUUCAAUUUAACCUUGAAAAUGGUGUUGAGAAUAUAUAUUAUGAAUUGAAGAUGAAAAUACCAUUAGGAUGGAAAAGAGAUGUAAUUGAAACUAAUCAACAAACGCACCAAAUCCCCAUAGAAUUAGAAGAUGGACAAAGUGACUUUUCAUAAAUGUUUAAUGAGUUGACCAAAUUUUUAGAAUCAAACAAGACUGGAAAUAAAUUUCCAUUAUUCACUGCAAAAGAUUUGACUCCUGUUGUGGAAUCGCUGCUAAUAAAAAUGAUUGAUGCCAAUGUAUCGAUUGAUGAUUUUAUAAUUUAUUCGAUAGAAGCUCUAUUUGUAGCAUUGCGAAAUGCUGCUAUGCAAAAGGUAGAUGAUCGUAGUAUUUCUCUUAUUGUUACAGAAAAUGAAUUUUCGAAAAACUCUUUAUGCAAUACACGUGGUUUCGAGUGUGAUUUUCAUAUAAUUAUAGAUAUGUCUCAAUACUGUAGCAAAUCUAUAGUAAAAAGAUAAAGUUUCACAAUAUGUGACUAUUAUUGUGAAUAUUUAAAUAUAAAAUUGAUUGAAGGUGUGCAUCGUCCAAAGGAAACCCCAUUUCUACAAUCUAGUGAUCAAGAAAGAAAAAAAAGCUAG